AUGUUUACAAAAUUUAUUAAAAGAUCAUUUUAAAAUUCUUUACUAAAACAAUCGUCUGAAAUAAUAGGCAUAGACCUUGGCACAACUAAUUCUUGUAUUGCUAUUCAAUUAUCAAACAAUUAAGUUCAAGUAAUUGAAAAUUCUGAAGGUUUUCGUACUACACCUUCUAUAGUAGCUUUUUAAAAAGAUGGUUCUCAUUUAAUAGGAAUGCCAGCAAAAAGAUAAUAAAUAGUAAAUCCUGAAAGUACUUUUUUUGCAAUAAAAAGAUUAAUGGGUAAAAAAUUUGAUGAUAUAGAUGUAUAAAAAGACUUAGAAUCGUUUCCAUAUAAAAUAAUUAAAUCUAAAAAUGGUGAUGCAUGGGUAUAAACAAAAGAAAAUAAAUAAUACUCUCCAUAAUAAAUAAGUGCCUAUAUAUUAAUGAAAAUGAAAGAUACUGCAGAAAACUACUUAAAAACUUCCAUAAAAAACGCCAUAAUAACCGUUCCGGCUUAUUAUAAUGAUUUAUAACGUUAAGCAACAAAAGAUGCAGGUGAAAUAGCAGGAUUAAAUGUAUAAAGAAUAAUAAAUGAACCAACAGCAGCUGCAUUAGCUUAUGGAGCAAAUUAAAGCAUAAAUUAAAAAAAAGUAGUCGCAGUUUACGAUUUCGGGGGAGGAACCUUUGAUAUUAGUAUUUUAUAGAUAAAUGAGAGCGUAUUUGAGGUAAAAGCGACAAAUGGAGAUACUAAUUGUGGUGGAGAAGAUAUCGAUAGUUUAUUAUAGAAUUUGUUACUUUAGAAAUUUAAAUAGGAACACGGAAUAGAUUUAAAAAGUAAUAAAAUGGCUACUUAAAGAAUACGAGAAUCAGCCGAAAAAGCCAAAAUAGAGUUAAGUUAAAAAUCUUAAAGUGAAAUAAAUCUCCCUUAUAUAUAUAAUUAAGUACAUUUUUCCUGUAUAAUAAAAAGAAAUGAAUUCGAAAAAUUGAUAGAAGAUCUGGUUAAAAAAACAAUGAAUUGUGUAUAAAAAUGUAUUAAAGAUUCCGGAUUUUAAAUUUAAAACAUAGAUGAGGUAUUAUUAGUGGGAGGUUCUUCAAGAAUACCCAUAGUUUAGAAAAAAAUUACGGAAUUUUUCUAAAAAAAUCCAAAUAAAUCUAUUAAUCCAGAUGAAGCUGUAGCUAUUGGAGCUGCAUUAUAGGCUGGUGUAUUAAAAGGUAAUGUUUAAGAUAUUAUUUUAAUAGAUGUUACACCAUUAAGUUUAGGUAAAAGUAUAUAAGGUGAUAUUAUGAGUGUUAUUAUUCCUAGAAAUACUACAGUUCCUGUUAGUAAAUCAAAGAUUUACACUACUGUAAAAGAUGGUUAGACUUAAAUUGAUGUAAUAAUUUAUUAAGGAGAAAGGGAAAUUGCUUCCAAAAAUAAAGAAAUUGGAAGAUUUAUUUUAGAUGGUAUACCUAUGGCUCCAAAAGGAUUACCUAAAAUAAAGGUUACUUUUUAAAUUGAUUAAAAUGGAAUUUUACAUGUAAAAGCUUUAGAAUUAGGGACUGGAAAAAAACAAGAAAUCAAAAUUUAAAAUUAAGGCAAACUUUCUAAAGCAGAAAUAGAUAAAAUGAUGUAAGAUGCGGAAAAACACAAAGAAUAAGAUAUAUUAAAAUAGAAAAUUAGUUCUUUAAUUAAUAAAAGUGAAGGAUUAAAUUAUUAAAUUGAUAAAGAUCUUAAAAUUCAUUAAGAUAGAUUAUAAAGUACUGACAUUAAUUUAAUUUUAUAAUAAAUAGAUAAACUAAAAGAUUUGAUAUCUCAAGUUUAAUAUACCGAUGCUUACUUAUUAUAAUUAUAAGAAUAAUAUAAAAUAACAAAAGAUUCUGGAUUUUUAAUAGGAAAAACAAUAUAUAAAGAUUUCUAAUAAUAAACUUCAAAUAAUUCUAAAGAAACUAAAAAUUGA